AGGCAGCGGCAUCGUCCAAACUGGCUGCUUCUGGUUUCAAGACACAUAAAUACACAACGAGACACUGCGAAUACACAAAGAACAGCGAGGAUCGCCGAAGACGAUAAAGUCAGAUUCCUUAGAAGAAGAGCUUGGACGGCAUGCAAAGUUGUGAAAUAUCUUCAGACAGCACUGAUGAUCCUCUUAGUAGAGCCUUACACCGACAACGACAACCGCGAAUAGUAGUGAUCGGUGCGGGCUUGGCUGGCCUCGUCACUGUCAAAACCCUAUUGGAGAACGGCUUCGCCAAUGUCACAGUGCUAGAAGCUGCGGACCGUAUCGGAGGCAGAGUGCAAAGCAUUCGGCAGGGUGAAGCCACUUUGGAACUUGGAGCAACCUGGAUCCAUGGUGCGAACGGGAACCCCAUCUACCACCUGGCCGAGGACAAUGGGCUGCUGGAGCACACCACAGAGGAGGAGCGAAGCGUGGGCCGCAUCAGCCUCUAUGCCAAGAAUGGUCUGGCCCACUACCAGACCAACAAUGGCAAGCGCAUCCCCAAGGACCUGGUGGAGGAGUUCAGUGACCUGUACAAUGAGGUGUACGAGCUGACUCAGGAGUUCUUCCAGAACGGAAAGCCAGUGGGAGCUGAGAGUCAGAACAGCGUGGGGAUCUUCACACGAGAUGUUGUGCGGAAGAAGAUCAUGCUUGAUCCUUAUGACUCAGAAAGCACCAAGAAACUCAAGUUAUCUAUGCUACAACAGUACCUCAAGGUGGAGAGCUGCGAGAGCAGUUCACCCAGCAUGGAUGAAGUGUCUCUAAGCGAGUUCGGUGAGUGGACCGAGAUUCCCGGUGCUCACCACGUCAUUCCGGUCGGUUUCAUUAAAGUCGUCGAGAUCCUGGCUCAGGACAUCCCAAACCGAAUCCUUCGCCUCAGCAAACCCGUCCGCCGCAUCCACUGGAACGGCAGCUUCCAGGAUGCUAAGGAAAUCCCCGACCAGGCUGACCAUAACCAGGAUGAGCGGCCCAGCCCCCCUCCGGUCUGCGUGGAGUGCGAAGACGGCGAGUGUCUGCCGGCAGACCACGUGAUCGUAACGGCUUCUCUCGGGGUCCUGAAGAAGGCUCACGAAACGCUUUUCUCCCCGGGCCUGCCUCAAGACAAGGCGCAGGCCAUUCAGAAACUGGGCAUUAGUACCACCGACAAGAUCUUUCUGGAGUUCGCGGAGCCUUUCUGGAGCCCCGAGUGCAACAGCAUCCAGUUCGUCUGGGAGGACGAGGCGCAGCUGGAGAGCCUGUCGUACACGAAAGAGCUUUGGUACAGGAAGAUCUGCAGCUUUGACGUGCUGUAUCCGCCCGAGCGCUAUGGCCACAUGCUGAGCGGAUGGAUCUGCGGAGAAGAAGCGCUGAGCAUGGAGACUUGCGAUGAUGAGACCGUGGCAGAGAUAUGCACCGAACUGCUGCGCAAGUUCACAGGGAACCAGAAUAUUCCGAAGCCACGGCGAAUCCUGCGCUCCUCUUGGGGAAGUAAUCCCUACAUCCGAGGGUCUUACUCCUUUACUCAAGUGGGCUCCAGCGGCAGAGAUGUGGAAAAGCUGGCCGAGCCAAUGCCUUAUAACAAGAACACAAAGGCUCCACCUCUACAGGUGUUGUUUGCUGGAGAGGCCACCCACAGAAAAUACUAUUCCACUACCCAUGGUGCUUUGCUGUCAGGACAGAGGGAGGCUAACCGCCUGAUCGAGCAGUACUCUCUGGGUGCUGAAACCACAAAGCCUGACGUUUAAAAGAAACAAAUUGCAACGAAAAACAAGAACCACUUACUAGUGACAAAAACAAUUGUGUUUUGUGCUAUCUGUAUUUCAAAUGAGUCAAUUAUGUAUGAAAACCUAGUAGGGGCAUUAAACUAAUAACAAUAAAUCCUCUUUAUACUGUACUUAGAUUAGCAUUCUGUAGAUUUUACUUGAGAUGUACUGUAUGAGGCUGCCAAUGAAGUGGCAUAUCUGGUCUUGAUCAUUUUCUUUCAUUUUAAUCAAUGUUAAUAUGUUUCUAUAAUUUAACAAUUUUUGUAAGUGCCUUCUGUAUUUAAUGUUACGUCCUUAAAACUUAAAACAAAAAAGACUUGAUAUGAAUAAAGUGUAUGUUCACGUGA